AUGGGUCUCUUCGACAAGCUACAGUCAAAACUCGAACUCUACCGCCUCGAGCAGAAAUACGCGCGCCGCAAGAACCGGACGACCUUCACCACAGGCGCCGUAUACCAGGACGGCGAAUACUUCUACACGGGCGCCGCCGACGCGAGAAGUCCGACCAUGUCCACGAACUCGACAGGCAAUUCCAACAACAGCUCCGCAAGUAACAAGAGGAGGUCGCAGAUGUGGGUGCCACCCGAGCAACGGAGAUGA